GGAGCGGAGGGGAGCGGGGCUCGGCAGCGGCGGCGGGAGCCACCUGCGGGAGGCGCCGCUCCGCCCCGCUCCGCCCCGCUCCGAGCGCGCCUCUGAGGGAAGGCGCCCGGCGGGAGGGAUGGGACCGGGACCGGCCCCGCCACCUGCCUGAGCGGCUCCGGGAGACGCCGCCACCACCGCCGCCGCCGCGGGGAGCUGACUGGCAUUCAGAAUGGCAGGCUUGCCCACUUUAAUCCUCCUUUUGUGUGCUGCUAAAGAUGUGAUGCCCUCCAGUUCUCACUGGAAGCCAACUUGGCCAUCUUACAGAGUUCCAGUUAUCCUACCACAGUCUACCCUUAACUUGGACAAACCACAGUUUGAUGCUGAAGCCAGGCUGGAAGUGGUAUCUCCCUGUGGCCCAGCAUGCCACAAAAGUUCUCCGCUGCCAACUUAUGAAGAAGUGAAGAACUACCUGUCCUAUGAAACCUUAUAUGCUAAUGGUAGCCUCACUGAAACAGAGGUGGGCAUAUAUAUUCUGAGCAACAGUGGUGAUGAGUCUCGAGGCAAAUCUCGAACUAAGAGGCAGAUCUAUGGCUAUGACAGCAGGUUUAGCAUUUUUGGGAAAGACUUCUUGUUGAACUACCCAUUCUCUACAUCAGUGAAGCUAUCUACAGGUUGCACGGGCACCCUGGUGGCUGAAAAGCAUGUUCUUACUGCAGCUCAUUGCAUCCAUGAUGGCAAGAGUUACGUCAAAGGAGCGCAGAAACUGCGGGUGGGCUUCCUAAAGCCCAAACUGAAAGAUGGCAGCAAAGGAGCUAAUAUCACCAACUCAGCAAUACCUGAGAAAAUGAAAUUCCAGUGGAUCCGAGUGAAACGGACACAUGUCCCCAAAGGCUGGAUCAAAGGCAAUGCCAAUGACAUUGGCAUGGAUUAUGACUAUGCCUUGCUGGAGCUGAAGAAGCCCCAUAAAAGAAAGUUUAUGAAGAUAGGUGUAAGCCCACCAGCAAGACACUUGCCUGGAGGGAGGAUUCACUUCUCUGGCUAUGACAACGAUCGUCCUGGAAACCUGGUUUACCGCUUCUGUGAUGUCAAAGACGAAACGUAUGACCUGUUGUACCAGCAGUGCGAUGCCCAGCCGGGUGCGAGUGGGUCUGGGGUGUACGUGAGGAUGUGGAAGAGGCAGGACCGCAAAUGGGAGCGUAAAAUUAUUGGAAUAUUUUCAGGCCAUCAGUGGGUGGACAUGAACGGCACCCCACAGGAUUUCAAUGUAGCCGUUCGCAUCACCCCCCUCAAAUACGCACAGAUCUGUUACUGGAUCAAAGGCAACUACCUUGACUGCAGGGAAGGAUAAAGACAAUGAAACUCCUUGAAAGCACUUAAUGACUGGUUUUAAUUAGUCAUCUGAGGAAAGGCUAGACUUUUGCUGCAAAUGUCUGGGAGAUGGUCUUGUAACGUGGGGAUGCGAACCUUAUCUUAGGGGCUGUGGGGUGCUGCCAUUACAGCUCAACACUGGGGAGAAAGAGACGUUGGGUGGGGAAGGAGCAGGUGGACUUAUUGAAUUUGCAGCUGAGCAACUCAAGAUUAAUUAGGGGCGGAUCAGUAAACAGCAUGAAAUCAGAACCGUCUCCAAAGAAUCUUAUAAAAGGGACGCUGUUGACUAUCUCAUGUCUGCAAUGUUUGUUUUAAUAAAUCCUAGGAUUAGUAGAAAUGCUUUGAUCUGAACUUUAAAAGAAAAUAUUUCUAUGCUGUUGGGGGCUGGAGAGGGGCAUUUAAUGGUGUUUGCAACCCAAACAUCACAGCUUUGUGUUCCUGCAUGAGCAAGGGAGUGUGAAAAGGGCAAGGCAUGCGCUGUGGGAGAUGAACGCCACACAAAUAGCAUGAAGGGUAAAUAACUGUGUAACAUUUCUAACCUCCUUUUGGCCUGAGUGAUUUGAGACUUUAUUAGUAACAGAGUUAAGAAAAAUGCUUUUUGAGCAAACAGACCUUGGUGUUGCAAGGACUUGACUGUGAAGAUGAUCUUGGUCAUAUGAGUAGUGCCAUUGCAUCCUGCCUUGGGAAACACAAAUUGUACAUAGGAUUAAAUCAUUAUAGGAGCUGGGGCAUACUCUUACACCUAGCAGGGUCCCUAUGGACAUACUGUUACAGAAGACACAUGGGGACAGAGGCUUGUUUUCUGUUUAUGACCUACUUAGAUCUUUUAAGGAAAAACUCGUGUCAGCAACUCAGAUUUUCAAAGGAAAGCCUGUCUAAUGGUCUUGAUGGCCAUCUGAAUUGCUGCCUGCAAAGCAAGUAGAGUAGGACAAGGGUUCUACUGAGUUUUUGCCCUUUUUGUUGAAGAUCCAUGCUGUUCUACCUACACCAGGUAGAGGGACCCUGGAUUUAUAAGUGUCUGUCUAUCGUAUCCCUUUGACAGUGUAAUUUGUGUGGCAUCUUGACCUACAUUUCUCAUGUGUUUGGGGUAGAAAUCCUCCUCCCCAUCAAACUGCCGAGUUACAAAUAGUUCUUGGCAAAUGCACAGUUCAGUAAUACCGUGGCUGGAAUGGAGCCACGUUAUAGGGUGCAGUCUGAGUUUGCUACGAAGUGAUGCUCCGCUCUCAUAGAUGACAGUGACUUACAUUUUUACUGUAGCAGAAGUGGAGUUUAAAACAAGAACUGUCUCCUAUAGGUAAAAUCAGUGCAGCCAAAAAACUGUAGCUCAGCAAAGAGCAUUGGGAAGUCAAUGUGGUCUGUACAAACAAUUUCUCAGGUGGGUUGUGCCACUGUAUUACAGUAACAUGGUCCAGUUCAACAUUACUUUUUUAAACAGGAGGAUAGACACUGCCUCCACUUCCAGUUUCUCUUCCACCCAUCUCUCAGUGUCUCCUUACCAAGUUGCCUAUGGCUCUUGGUAUUUUGGGGCAAAUGCAAGGCCCUGGUGUGAAAUGGCAGAGCUGGGAAGGAAUGAAUCUAAGCAGAGCUUCCCUGUGCUAUACAAAUACAAGGAAAAUGUUAAACCAGCUAAGCCUUUCUUACACUCUACUAAUUACUGUGGCAUUUGUAAACAUAUGCCUGAUGGUGCUUUAUCUUCGUGAUGGCUUUGGCUCUAGUUCUGAAAAACAAUUUUGCUAGAGCUGCCUGUGAUUAUUAUUUUUAUAGAUGCAGCGUGCAAAACAAUUGGACCCUCCUGUGGGCUUUUGGUGCAUUCAGAUACAAGCAGUUACUAAUGCUUUGAAAUAUGAAUAAUCAGCAUAUGUAUCUGAUGGUCUUUUUCUGCCUCUUUAUUUUAAUUUCCUUUACUCUAUGGCUGUUAUCUGGAGCACUUUUGUUUGAAUGUAUCACAGUGAAUAAAGAAAAGUUAUGGAAUUCCAAUGCAGACAGUCUUGUAUUUGUACUAUACUUGGGUUGCACUUUCAAUCUCAUUCCAGUUACUUAUUUGUAAAGACAGAUACAGAUUUAUUAAUAUCCUCAAUGCUGUUUAUUUUCCUUCAAUUUGCUUUUGUCCUCACCUGUUAGUAGUUUUGAAGUAAUUUUUUUUCAUAGGUUUAAUUACUCUGUCUUUGGAUGGUAAUAAUCAAUCUUAGCUUUUAUAUGAUGGUUGCAGUUCCAAAGCCAGUCAUGCGCUCAGAUUACUUAGAGCUGAAAAUAACCUAUUAGACUAAAAAGUCACAUUGUUUUUAUUAACUGUAGGGUCAAUAAACUAUGGAGGAAUUUGAA